AUGUUUUCCAGCUCCAGUCUCACUGAAGAAGGUGUUGAAGGUUUCACAUCUCUGUUGAUGGAAUGUCUCUCUGUUGAUUAUGGGAAGAAGUCCAAACUUGAAUUUGCCAUUUAUGCAGCACCUCAAGUCUCAGCUGUGGUUGACCCCUACAAUUCCAUCCUGACCACUCAUACCACCAUGGAGCAUUCAGAUUGCGCCUUCAUGGUGGACUAUGAGGCUAUCUAUGACAUUUGCUGCAGAAAUCUAGAUAUUGAGCGUCCCACAUAUACCAAUCUCAAUCGCCUUAUCAGUCAGAUAGUGUCCUCUAUUACAGCCUCUCUCAGAUUUGAUGGUACCCUGAAUGUUGAUCAUACUGAAUUCCAAACCAACUUGGUGCCCUAUCCUCAUAUUCAUUUCCCUCUGGCCACUUAUGCCCCUGUUAUUUCUGCAGAGAAAGCUUACCAUGAGCAGCUGACUGUGUCUGAUAUUACAAAUGCAUGAUUUGAGCCAGCUAAUCAGAUGGUAAAAUGUGACCCACAUCACGGUAAAUACAUGGCUUGCUGCCUGUUGUAUCGUGGUGAUUUUGUGCCCAAAGAUGUUAAUGCAGCUAUUGCCACCAUCAAG